AUGAUGUAUUAUUGGUUUGAGCUUGAUGAUGCAAGUAAAGAAUUGUGCACGAUCGUCACCCCAUAUGGCAAAUAUCAGUACCAACAAAUGGUGAUGGGAUUGAAACCAGCUCCUGCUGUUGCUCAAUACUACAUUGAGAAAACACUACAUGGUUUGAAAGAACAAGGUGUUGAAGUCUACAUUGACAAUGUUGGACUCUUUUCUAACUCUUAUGAAGAACACAUGCAAUUGAUCAAGACUGUUGUCGAACAACUUCAAGAAGCAGGUUUCAAGAUUAAUCCUUUGAAAUGUGAAUGGUGUGUUCAAGAAACCAACUUCUUGGGCCAUUGGUUGACCCCUGAAGGUGUCAAACCUUGGAAGAAAAAGGUCGAUGCCAUCCUCAAAAUGGAUGUUCCUUGCAACAUUACUGAACUUCGAGCUUUCUUGGGUGCUGUGACCUACUAUCGUCACAUGUGGCCCCGACGUUCUCACCUUUUGCAACCGUUGACAGCUCUCACUGGCACACGAACAUUUCAAUGGACGGACAAAUGUCGUCAGACAAUUGUAUUGUACAAAGAGGUAGUACCUCGAUGUCCAAGUACCAAAUGA